AUGAUGGAGGCGGUGGCGGCGGCGGCGAGUUGCUACAAUCCUCCUGCUCUCCACUACGACAGCAGCAGUAGUCCAGCAGGAGAAGGAGGAGCCGCGGUGGACGCAGUAGCGCUGGUGCCGGCCGAAGCUGACGAUGCAACGACAACGCGAACAUCAUCGUCGUCGGAAGAAGAAAAAAAAGGCGGCGGCGCCGGCGGCGACGGGGAAGUCGGAAGCUUCGGAUAUGGCCAGCGGUGGGUCAAGUGCGAGGAGCUGGGCCGGGGGGCCCACGGGACCGUUUACCGCGCGCUGGUGCUAGGCACGAGCGACAGCAUCGCCGUCAAGCAGAUCCUCACGACCCGGAUGCAGAGGUCGGAGCUACAGGUGGCGGAGAACGAGAUCGGCGUGCUGCGGCGACUGCGGCAUCCCAACGUUGUAUCUUUCUUGGGCGUCCAGAGGGUGGGCGGCCACCUCAACAUCUUCCUCGAGUACAUGGACGGGGGAAGCCUGCGGCGUCGGCUGGACCGGGAGGGCCCCAUGUGCGAGCGCCAGACGGCGGUCGUGACGAGGAAGGUCCUGUGCGGGCUGGCUUACCUGCACUCCAACAACAUCACGCACCGUGACAUCAAGGGCGCGAACGUUCUCCUCUCCAAGAAGGGCGCCGUGAAGCUGGCGGACUUCGGCACCAGCAAGCCCAUGGACCAGGACAGCGUCGUGAGCGGCCUCAAGGGCACCCCCAACUGGAUGGCCCCCGAGGUGAUCAAGAACCACCUGCUCCCGGGCGGGUGGCUGCAGGCGGACGUGUGGAGCGUCGGCUGCACGGUGGUCGAGAUGCUCACCGGCAAGAUGCCCUGGCCGAACAUGCCCAACCCCCUGUGCGCGAUGUUCAAGAUAGUGUCCGGGGACAAGCCCCCCGUCAACCGAAACAUUUCCUGGGGGGCGUCGUCGUUCAUGGCCGCCUGCUUGUCCACCAAGCCCCCGGAGCGGUACACGGUGGAGCAGCUGAUGGGGCACCCUUUCGUCGUUCUGACAAGAUCGACCAGGGCCACGGCGUCAUCGCCACCGCAAGCACCACCACCGUCGUCCCCGAACCCGUACGACGACGACCGCCUCGACCACCACCCACGAGCCGACGACGCGGAUAGAGGCGCCGGUGUCGGCGGCGCGGGGGAUCGGCGCCACCGGCGGCUCUACAGCAACAUCAACAAGACUGGCACCAGCAUGGACGGCGGCGGUAGCGCCACCUUCAGCAGCACGAGCAGCUACGACCACCCCCACCGCCACCACCGCCACCGCCAAGAGAAAGCUUCGGCGGCCGCCGGCGCGGAGGAGAGGAGGCCGCCGUGCCGCUCUCGCGAGACCACUAGCAGCGGCAAGCGGGGGUCUUGGUCUCGAGAAACCGGUCCAAGCUGCGGCGGUAGCGGUAGCGGUAGCAGCGGCCAGGGCGAGGAGGGUCAAGGUGGGCGGUGGCAGCAGCAGCAGCAGCAGUUGACGAGGUGGUUGGACGGGAGCAACGACAGGGCGCCGCUGCCGCCACCGCCGACUAGCGGCAGCGGGAGGUCUUCUCCGAGAGCUGCCGCCCUGGCGGCAUGCCCGCCCGACAGCAGCGGUCACUACGGGGCUCGGCAUAUCCACCACCACCACCACCACUACCACCACCACCAUCAGCAGGGGCAGCGGCGGCGGCAGCAGCAGGGGGGAGUGGUGCAAGAGGAAUCGGCUGCCGGUCUGUACAGUAUGAUUGAGCCCGGCAGCACAAUGUUUGGCACCGACUGCGGCAGCAGCAACGCGGAGAUGUGGCCCCACGCCCGCGACGGCAGCGCGGCAGACGCAAGUCGUCAGGCCGAACAAGAGGAAGAGGAGCGGCAGCUGAUCCAGCAACAGCUCCUGCAUCAGUACCAGCACCAGCAAGGCUCUCACUCGACUUCCGCGCCGGUGCCUCUGGUCGCCAAGCCCGACAAGGACGGGUGCGGCGGCAGCCACGCCGGCACCGCCGACCGCGCCUUCAUGACCUCCCCGGUCAUGAACCUCCGCCCGAAACACCGAAACCCUCCUUCCCCCGGCGGUGGCUUUGGCAGCAGCGGCGGCGUUGAUGUCACCGCCGCCGCGCCCAGCCACGGCGGGGGGCGGGACUUCAACGGCGGCGGCGGCGGCGGCAGCGGCGGCGCAAGAGGGCCGUUGCCUGACUGCUCCAAGAACUCGGGUUUGCGGCGGGAGUCAUCGUACAACAGCCCGAUCCAGGUAGUCCAGGCAGCGAGGGAGGACUUGAUGGAACGGAGGAAGGGCAACGGCGGCGGCGGCGGCGGCGGCGGCGGCUACGGAGCGGGAGUGGUGGCCGAACAACACCACCUCACGCGGCCAGACGAUCCCAUCACCGGGGAGUACCUCAAGAUGAGUCUGAAGGGCUUGGCUGACAGCAGCAGCAUCGCAUGUCGCAGCGGGCUUCACCGCUGGAGGUCCAACUCGAUGCCGCUGCAGUGCAUGCGCACCAAGAGCGCGGGCGUCCUCGGAGCUUCGCCGAAGCUUCCGCCUCUGGAGCGAGACCUGUCGGGCGGUGGCGACGGCGGGGCGGGGCUGUACGGAGGAGGCAAACGGGGCGGAGAGGGAGGAGGAGAGUUCGGGGCGGCCGGUGGCAGGUUCACGAGGGGUAUCACCUCCGCUCCUACCGCCAGCAGCGCCGCUGCGCAGUACAGCAGCAGCCCCUUCGAAGCUGCUGCGGAUCCGGGUGCCAUCGAAGGCUGCGGCGGGGCACCAGCGGCAGCGGCGACGGCGAUGCGGCGGUGUUUUCGUCCGUUGGAACGGACGGCGGACCGGGCCGCCGGCCUGUCCAUGGCGCGUACCGCGGACCGAUCCCUGGAUUGGUCCGCGGCGGCGGAAAAGGGGGAAGCGGUGCUCCGCAGCCGGGCUAGCCUCGCACCCAUCCGCGUACAAAAGGCACCGAAGGCAGUGGCGGCGGAGGCGGCGGCGGGGCUGUCGUUGACGGCGUUAACGAUAACGCCCUCGGUUUUGCUGAGCGCAGCAGGGCUCGCCAGCGGCGGCGGGACGGCGGCGGCGCCGUGCGGUCUGAGAGGCACGCCUGGUGCCGGUACCGGUAGCAGCAGCGGCGGCGGUGGUGGCAAGAGCGGCUUCCCCUCCUGCUCGACGCCGGGCAGUGCUAGCAGUGCCGCCGCCCUCGGCGGCGGGGCCCGGGGCCCGCACCAUGCGUUCGUCUCCCGGUCGCCCUCGAAUCGGUUUAGAUUGUGA